AUGGAUUUAGAAUCAUCUCCAAAGAGCCCAGAUGACACGGAGAUCGAAACCCCGCCACACGGCGGAGCGUCACUCAAGCGCCGCCACCACGCGCCGCCGGCGUUGUACAAGGAGUGCAUGAGGAACCACGCGGCCGCCAUCGGCGGCCACGCCGUGGACGGCUGCGGCGAGUUCAUGCCGCCUCCCUCCUCCGCCGCCGGCGACCUGCGGUGCGCCGCCUGCGGCUGCCACCGGAGUUUCCACCGCCGAGGGUCUCCCCCCGCCAUCACGCCGCCGUUCCUCGACUUCCGCCGCCCGCCGCCGCCCAAGAGGUUUUCCCUCUCCCCGCCGACGACGGCGGCGCGGUCGUUCCUCGGGGAGGAGAGCCAGCCGGCGCCGGUGACUCCGACGGCGGAAAACCCGGCCUGCCGUAAGCGGUUCCGGACGAGGUUCAGCCAGGAGCAGAAGGAGAAGAUGCAUCGGUUCGCGGCAGCGAUGGGGUGGCGGAUGCAGAAAUCCGACGAUGCGGCGGUGAGGGAGUUCUGCCGGGAGGUUGGGGUCACUAAAGGGGUGCUCAAGGUGUGGAUGCACAAUAACAAGAACACGUUCGUGAAGAAAGAGGCCGGAAACAAUGGCGGAUUAAUCAGCUUCGAGAAUGUCGGCGCCGGCGGUGGUAUUCAGAACGAGAGUGUGAAUGGAACGCAUUUUAGUGGCGGCCGCGGGUCGUCUUCGUCAUCAUGA